AAUAGAGAAAUUUUUCACUUUUCACCACAGAUAUCUAUACUAAACUAGAUCGCUACCUUCGGUUGAAUAGCUGUGUCCGGCAGGAUAUCCGGAUUCGGCCAUCUCACCCAACAAGAAAAUUGCGUCUGCGCGUAGGUUGGGUUAGUGUGUAUGUGUUUGACAGGUUUGACAACUAAGCCGAUUGACCGCUGAGCACCGUUGAACAUAUUAAUUGUGAUUAUCGAGUGUUUUUUUGAUGUCGUGCCAUAAUGCCAAGCAAUUGUUGCAUAACGGGUUGCAAAAAUAGCAAUAAAAAUGGUUUUCAUUUAUUCAGAUUUCCUUUAAAUCGGCUUGAAAUAUUGCAAAUGUGGAUUAAUGCAAUUGGAAGAGAAGGUUUUCAACCAACUAAAAAUCACCUUAUUUGCAGUGCACAUUUUAAAGCUGAGGAUUACAUGGAUAGACCAAACACAAGUGGUGUACGCUUGAAAAAUCUUGCUGUGCCUUCUAUAUUUUCUAAGGUUUCUGCUCCUGCAUUCAUACCUAAUAUAACUGGUUAUGUAACGAAUUCACCCGCUGCAAGUUCGCCUGCAAAAACUUGGAGGAGUAUAUUAAAGAAACCAGAUAUCGAUCAAUUAUCACCUAAUAUUGAUUCUGAGAGCUCAAGUACUUCUUCAUUGAAACAUACUCCAAUUGUAUUGUCUGAGAGUCCAAAAGCAACUACCAGUGCAAAUUCAAUUGAUGAUACAAUUAAAAUAACUACGGUAAAGAAACGGAAAAUAAUGGAUCCUUCAGUUUAUUAUUUAAAGAUGCAGAAAAUGUCUCCAAGAAAACAACGAAUGCAAAGAACAAUUAAGACAUUGAUGCAGAAGGUAUCACGAAGAGAUGAAAAGAUCCGUUCAUUGGAGAGUCUAUUAAAAACAUUACGUGGAAGCCUUGGCGAAUUAUUCCAGAACAAAUGGAAGAAUGCAAAACAAAGCCGGAAAGGUCGAUAUUUCAAAUUGCUAAAAUUAUAUUACUAGAAGAUUCUUUUAAAUACUUAAUGACGUACAGGUUCAGCCAGGACUACUUAGAAUUAUUUUUUGCACAAGUACGUCGACAACACAGUUGGAAUAACAAUCCAAAUGUAUUACAAUUUAAAGCUGCCAUGAAAAGUAUACUUGUGAAAAAUUCGAUUUCAGCGACAGAAAAAGCAAAUUGUGUCGGUUUUAACCUAGAACAUACAGAUAUAAGAUUUAAAUUAACAUGGACGAAGAAAACAAACGUUAAAAAUUGGCAUGAUUGACAUUCAUGGUGUAAAUUCUGAUAUUAACAAUGACAAUUUUUUUUCUGACGUUGAAAACGAAGAAUUAUACAAUAUUAUCAAUGUGGGUGACAAUAUAAUUACCUAAAAGAUAAUAUUUUAUAUUAUGUAGCAGGUUUUGUAGUUAAAAAAAUUCUUCUUAAAUUAACCUGCAAAGGCUGCAUUGCCAAUCUUAUUAGAAAAACUGAUGAUAGGCAAGAAAACUUUGCAUCAUAUACAAUAUUAAUUGAAGUUAAAAAUAAGGGGGGUUUAGUUUAUGCAUCGAAUCAUGUGCAAAAAAUUAUUUGUGCCACCGAAAUUGAGUUUCUGCAGUCCGUAGCAAAAGGUACAAAUAAUCUACCAAAUAAAAAUGCAUACUCUCAAAUUAUUUACCGAGUGACACGCAGAUUCGUAUUAAACGCGAAUGUAUUUCGUAAUAAUGAUAAAUGUUACGAAGAGUUGGAAAUAGGUACAGAUAUACCUUAUCGCUUACAAUUAAUAAAAAUUGUAUGCAAAACAUAUUUGACUAUUUGAAUGCAUUCACAUUCCAAAACAUUAAAUAAAGACGUUGUAAAUCCUAUAAGCAAACGCCAAAAAUUAUCCAAAUUGAUUCUUUUUAAUAAUACGUAGAUUGUAUUAUUAACAUUUUGCUAUAAUUCUUACAAUAAAAUUUAUUGUUUUA